CUCCUCGCUCGGCCACAUAACACCCUCCGCGCACGACCAGCUCCCCGCUACCUUCACAGCAUCAAAACACCUCAUCCUUGAGCUCAGCUUUUUUUCCCACAGCUGCGCCUUUGUUCAUAACCUCCAACCUCUACGCUACACAAGCUCCAUUCCAGCAGCUGCCACCUAGCAACCAGCAACCAUGACGCUCUACUACAGCCUCGUCUUCAUGCUCCUCGUGGCGGAGAUGGUCAUCUUCAUGUCACUCAUCGUGCCUCUGCCCUUCACCUGGCGUCGCAAGCUCUUCACGUUCAUCUCCGAGAGCCAGCUCAUAGCAAAAUUACAAUAUGGCAUGAAAAUCACGUUCAUAUUCAUACUCAUUCUCUUCAUUGACAGCGUCAACCGCGUCUACCGUGUGCAGAUCGAGCUUGCCGCGGCCUCCAAGGACACCACGCGUGGAGGCACCGCUGUCCUGGGCGGCUCUGAGCGCAUGGAAGUCCAGGCUCGCAAGUUCUACUCUCAGCGCAACAUGUACCUCUGCGGUUUCACUCUCUUCCUCUCCCUCAUCUUGAACCGUACCUACGUCAUGAUUCUUGACGUCCUGCGCCUCGAGGAGGAGGUCAAGAGCCUUAAGGGUGACUCCACCGCCAAGGGCAAGUCCGGCCUGGGCCAGGCUGGUGAUGCUGGCGAGAUUGGUCGCUUGAGGAAGGAGCUUGAGGCCAAGGACCGCGACAUCGAGAACCUGAAGAAGCAGGCCGAGGGUCUCAGCCGCGAGUACAACCGCAUGGGCGACGAGAUCUCCACCGCUGACAGCGUCCCCAAGAAGGACCGGUAAAUGCUUACCGAACGGGUUUCCUGAAGCUGUAGUGUUUUGAUGGACAAAAGUUCAUGCAGAUGACGAAAGCGCGGAUACCUCAAAAGACAGCGCACCUUACGUGCGAUUGGAGUGCGGAGUACAGGGACUGGAAACUGUGUUUCCACGUGGAGGGUUGUACUUCAUCAAGGACAGCGUAUUAUAGCUUCCAGUAAAAGUAGCAUGGAUCACUGCC